GCACGGAGCGGAUCCCCCACUCUCUCUCUUUCUCUCUUUCUCACCUGUGCCGCCACUGCACGCUUCUCCAUCGCAGGGAAAGUUGGAGGACUAAUUCGUCAGAUAUCGCGCGCGUGUUCGUAUGUCGCUCUAAAUCCAAAGAAGAAGAAGAACGUCGCCCAUCUCUUUGCAAAGCGGGGAUUGUUGAGGACUUUUCUGUUGCGCUUCAUAGACUCGUGGAUGAAAUGAUCGCAGCCUGAAGAGAGGAGCCGCUUGUGUUUUGUUCGCAGCGUUGGAUGAGACAGCGGCGCCGUGUCCCGUGGAAUAAGAUAAAUAUGGGGACGAUGCUGACCGCGCGCGCGUGUCCGUGAGGGGCAAGCGGUGUCGCGAGGAAUACAGCGCAUUUGUUUUAAAUGGAGAACCGCGCAGAGAGGAUACAUCGCGUGCAAAGUUGUGCGUCUUUCUGCUGAGGGAGUUAUCCAGCGGCUCCCACCGACCCUCCACCCCCCUUAUAUCAACAUGAGUCCACGGCGAGAGAUGGGACCGCUUCGCUGCGUGGGACUCACCGCUUUUCUCCUGUGCACAGUGGUUGACAGCAAGGUGAUCUUGGAGGGCCUGCAGAGGUACGGACCCGCACCCAUCUAUCUGCCCGUCAGCUACCGGAUCAUCAAUGCAGAGUCGGCGUUCUUCCUACAGGAGGCAAACCAGGACUUAAUGAGGAACUCCAGCCUGCAGGCCCGCACCGAGUCCUUCUUCAUCCACCAGGCCCGGCAGAUGCCAUUCAUCAAUGCCAGUUACGGGCCGCUGUCUGUCCAGCAGCCAGUCCCCCUGGAGCUGCUGCAGACCGCGCCGGGGCCAUUUAACACCCCCCCUUUCACGACAUCAUCGGCACCGACCUCAGCCUCGUCGUCGCCCCUGUUCACGUUCAACUGGAAGGUCCACACCUACAUUAUCAGCGAGCGGAUUCACCCCAGCUGGCCAAAGGUCCAGGUGCUGUUCUACAUCGCCGGGAGGGACUGGGACGACUACAGCGCCAUCCACAAGCUGCCCUGCGUCCGGAUGUUCGCCUUCCACGAGACUCAGGAAGUGCGCGGGACGUGCCGGCUAAAAGGUGAGCUGGGGAUAUGCGUCGCCGAGCUGGAGCCCCUGGCCAGCUGGUUCAGCCUGCCCACCGUCAGGCCGGGGAGGCAGAGGGUGUCCGAGCAGGCCCAGGGCUCCCCCGUGGAGCUCUACUACAUGGUGCAGACCACGGACAGCGGAGACUGCAGCUCGGAGGACUCGAGGAAGGGAAGCGCCGCUCACUCGGACCAGCCGAGGCCGAUGGGCUACUCGGCGGGGCACACGCCCAUGCAGCGCAUCGGCAGCGUCCGGCUGUUCCAGCCGCUGUCGGAGCUGAAGCUGGACACUAACUUUGUGGUGAUGGCGCCCUCCAAACCCAUCCGGCAGAGAGAGACGCUCUCUGCUUUCCUGGCUCUGUCCACGCUUUCUACGGUGCCAAUAUUCACCCUCAGGGUCAAGCUGAAGGACGGGGUGGCGUUUCUGGGAGCGAGAGCCAGUAACCCUGUUGUGUGGACGGUGAGUCAGGAUGUCAGAAGUGAAGGUCACAGGGUCGUGACCCUCCACUGUCGGAGGAAGGAGAACAGCUUCAGCCAAAGGGCCGAGGCUCCGGGCUACCAGCGAGUCCUGCAGGUGGACCUGGAGGUGAACGGGCUGAUGAUGACUCAGGGGGGGAGAGAAGUGACGUGGCAGGUGGAGUACCCGCUAACCCGGACCCUGACCAGCGAGGUGCCGACCCUCAUCCGCCUGGCACCGCAGGACCUGGGUGGCAUCGUGCCUCUAGCUAUGGACACCGAGAUCCUCAACACGGCUGUUCUGAAUGGGCGAACAGUAGCCGUGCCGGUGAAAGUAGUGACCGUAGGAACAGACGGAGCCAUCUCCGAUGUAACCGAAUCAGUGGAGUGCAAGUCAACGGACGAACAAGUUAUCAAGGUGUCAGAGCGAUGCGACUACGUGUACGUCAACGGGAAGGAGACAAGAGGGAAAAGGGUGAUGCUCAACUUUACCUACAGUUUCCUGAGUGCCCAGCUGGAGAUGAGCGUGUGGAUGCCCCGCCUGCCCUUGGUCAUCGAUGUGGCCGACCCAGAGCUCAGCCAGAUUAAGGGCUGGAGGGUUCCCGUUGGUACUGGUAACAGGAGGUACGAGAGGGUCACCGAUGACCGGAACGAAGACGACACAGCGGACGAGAGGAAGGAGGGUGGCUGCGUGGCCCAGUAUCAGAGCACCACCCUCCGUGUCCUCACACACUUUGUGGCGGAUGCGGGAGGAGUGAGGGGCGCCGCGGAGGACGACGGCCUUGGGCAGCAGAGCUUCUUGCUGGGUAGUGACUGGCAGGUGGAGGUGACACAACUGGUCAAGGACUUUCUGAGGGUGGAGGUCCCGAAGGUUGCACAACUGCUGGAUGGCCAAGUUCUUGUGGGAACCAGCGCUGGAAUCACCAAACUACAGGUGCUGUCCCCUUUGACAUCGUCGGUCCUGGCUGAGAGGACCAUACGGGUUCUAGAUGAUAAAGUGAGCGUGACGGAGCUGGGGGUGCAGUUGGUCUCUGGACUGUCUCUGUCUCUGCAGCUCAGCCCGGGGAGCAACAGGGCCAUCGUCGCCACUGCAGCCACACAGGAAGUCAUUGAAUCACUCCAACAGGAGUCUCUUAUCAGCGCCUGGCUCCAGUUCAGUGAUGGAUCCAUGACUGCUCUCGACAACUACAACCCCGCCCAUUUUACCCUGACAGCCACCUCUUUGGCUGAACGGGUGGUGGCGGUAAAGCGCAGUGCAGCGUGGAAAUGGCCAAUCGUUGUCGCCAAGGGGGAGGGUCAGGGAUCGCUCGUGCGCGUUGAAAUGAGCCAAUCGGAGCUGUGCCAGAAGGGAAAACGACGCACUAGCUUAGCCACUGGAAUGGCAAACGUACAGACAAGGUUUGGCCAGCCAGGGGAGCAAUACAGACCACCCGGAGACCGGCGAACGAGCCCCGAUCCCCCGUAUUACGGCGGCUCCAUUGCCGACGUAGAAACCGGCGUAAUGAACCGCGGCGCCACUACGAUCCGGGGCCACGUCCCAUCGAGACCUAGUGGCGGCCGUCUGUCAGCGGACAGUGGGGCCAGGGCCCCAAAUGAGUUCUCCGAAUAUCCAGACCAGGCGGAGCUCCCUCGCAGCCGCAGCACCGAGGACGACCUGUUGCCGUCUCGGCGGAGCCUGACCGACCUGGAGAUUGGAAUGUACGCCCUGCUGGGAGUCUUCUGCCUGGCCAUCCUGGUUUUUCUCAUCAACUGCAUCUCGUACGCAUACAAGUACCGUAGCAAGCAGCUGUCCCUGGAGGCCCCAGAGGCCAUGCCCCAUGCCCACGACUGGGUCUGGCUGGGCCAAGAUGAGGGCCUGUGUCUGCAGCAGCAGCAGCAGCAGCAGGAGGAGCUGGGUGGGGCCCUGCAGGAGGGCAGCCAGUUACUUAACGGGGGAAUUCACGGAGGCUGUGGUGCGAGUGGAAGGGAUCAUCGGAAUGAGUCCCUUAACUCACCCACUACCAAGAGAAAGCGGGUGAAGUUCACCACCUUUUCCAAUGCCAAGUCCGGUAACGGGUGUCCUGUGCUCAGCCCGUUGGCACUGGUGCAGACCAGUGAGAUAAAAUGGGUGUGUCCAGACAUUGAGCUCGGGGACUCACAGGAUCUUAGGAACUACAUGGAAAAGCUUAAUGAGAAUGCUAUCAAGAACACUGCGUAGGAGAUGCUAGGUGUUUUCAAUGAACUAGAGAAACUCACCUGAAUGCCUUCAGAAUAAGGAGGAAAUGAAUUUAGGAGGGGAAAGGGAAAAAAAGUGCAGAAAAGAGAUUGGGACUGAUGACGAACUGCUUCUCAUCGUAACAACCGGACAGUCCGUUCAGCUUCUGAUAUUUCCAUGGCUUGGAGAGUUUUAAGCAAUGAACCACAACGGGACAUGAUUUGCCAUGACACCACAGUAUAGAUAUAAGAGGGACAAUGUGAUCUUGAUAUUGUUGCUUAACUUUAAUGUAUGUUGUUUGUCUUUAAUUGAGGUUCAGUUUUAUUUUCAAUGCGCCAUCUACUCCGUUUUAUAUUUUCUUUAUUAAUUCAUUAUAUUUUAUUGUCGUAUUUGUUGUACUUUUUUGCGCUUUGUUGCAUUUUAUAAGAGUUUCUGUAUGCUCUGUACCAUGUCAGCAAAUAUACAUUCUAGGAGAGAACAGUUAAAAGCAAUUUUGUACCGUUGUAUAGUUUGAUUUGGAGAUAUUCCGUGUGUAGUAACAUUUUGUAAAGUGCUCUUUGGUUUCAGUUUGGUUUUGUUUGUAGCUUAGUUUUUGUUUUGUCUUCAGAAACCAGAACGACUUGUGAUGGAGGCAUGUGUGUCUGACCUGUUACCUGAAAAGACCGUGUGUAGAUAACUAAUACCAAUACCUCUGGAGACAUGUCAGCUUAGUAUUAUUGCAAUCAUUCACCUUGGAGCUGAGCUUUGGAUUCAGUAUGUCGAUAUUGGUUGAAAAAUGUACCCGUACAUUUUAACCCUCCUGAUGUGAAUGUUAUUUUUGUAUGCUUUGUUUUAUUCAGUUAUAUGCCUCACAUAAAAAACACUUUUUACAUCACCCUAAUAUUACAAAUCAACAAGGCGGUAGUCACAUUCGACUUAAAACCACUGAUUACCAUCAACAGACAAUCACAUGAGUAAUGUAUGGUUCAAUCGUUUUCAUUUAUAAAUGUUCCAUGAAAUCUGCCCAAUUUACAGUUCCUGAGGCCUAGGUGGUGAUCGGUAGAAUCAGUAAGUCUUGAACCUCUGUGUAUGACAUUUUGGAUACGCGCAAAAGCGUCGUGACAGGGAGUGAAAGAAACUGAAGCGAAAGCCCAAAGUCUGACCUCCUCAGUUGUUUUUACUCAAUAUGUCGGUAUUUGUCAAGUUCAUCCUUUUCUAUCUUUGUUUUCAAAUUGGCUGCUGGACUAAUUAAAAGUGGAGGCGACUCUUCA